GUCCUCCGUUAGCCAAGGAUUUGCUGGGAGUUUGGGUAGAAUUGUGGCGCAUCGUCCUUCUGUCCUUUCUUUUUCUUCGCCUGCGUUUAUUUGUUGCUUUUUCUUAAAGUUCAUAAAACCACUCAAUGGAAUAUGUAAAAUAAUCUGUGAACAUGAGGAACUAGUAUCUAGAAUAAUUAACGUCUAGAACUCUGUAAUAAAACCGGCAUGGUGUCCCUUCACCUGUAAUCCCAGAACACCAAUCUUGCAGAUUUGGUUUUCCCCUGCUUCAAAAAUGAAAGAAGAGAAAUGUAUGUUCACAAGUAUCCUUGGUAAGGAGAGCCUUAGAGGCCAUAUAAGACCAAAAUUGUUGAGAACCAGACAUAUGAUGAGCGUCUAGAGAUUAACGACUCGGAAGAGGUUGCCAGUAUUAGCACUCCAACCCCAGGACAUCAAGGCCCUCCUUUUUCUGCCGCUCUUCCCAGCAAGGUGAUGGCUGAUAACAGCAGUGAUGAGUACGAGGAGGACAACAAGGAGAAGAAGAAGCCCUCACAGCUGACCCCUCAGCAAGGCUUCAGUGAGAAUGAUGACGACGAUGACGAUGACUCCUCUGAGACCGACUCUGAUGACGAUGACGAUGACGAGGAGCAUGGAGCACCCCUGGAAGGGGCCUAUGAUCCUGCAGACUAUGAGCAUCUGCCAGUCUCGGCUGAGAUCAAGGAGCUCUUUGAGUACAUUAGCCGGUACACACCUCAGUUGAUUGAUCUGGACCACAAACUGAAACCUUUCAUUCCUGAUUUUAUCCCAGCUGUUGGGGAUAUUGAUGCAUUUUUAAAGGUGCCGCGUCCUGAUGGAAAGCCUGACCACCUGGGCCUCUUGGUGUUAGAUGAACCGUCUACCAAGCAGUCGGACCCUACCGUGCUUUCCCUGUGGUUAACAGAGAAUUCCAAGCAGCAUAACAUUACGCAACAUAUGAAAGUAAAGAGCCUAGAGGAUGCAGAAAAGAAUCCCAAAGCCAUUGACACCUGGAUUGAGAGCAUCUCUGAGUUACACCGUUCCAAGCCCCCUGCGACUGUGCACUACACCAGGCCCAUGCCCGACAUUGACACUCUGAUGCAGGAGUGGUCCCCUGAGUUUGAAGAGCUCCUGGGAAAGGUGAGUCUGCCCACUGUCGAGAUCGAUUGCAGCCUGGCUGAGUACAUUGACAUGAUCUGUGCCAUCCUGGACAUUCCUUUCUACAAGAGCCGGAUUCAGUCCCUCCACCUGCUCUUUUCCCUCUACUCAGAAUUCAAGAAUUCCCAGCAUUUUAAAGCUCUUGCUGAAGGCAAGAAAACAUUCACUCCUCCCUCCAACUCUGCCUCCCAGGCUGGAGAUGCGGAGACACUGAGUUUCAUCUGAGCCUCCUCUUGGGGAUGUGCUUCAAAGUCAGGUGAACAUGGUCUCUGUUGGCAGCUUAACAUCUCCCUGCUCCACAGUUGGGCCCUGGCCACACCAGUCCUGCUGCCUUGUCUUUGAGAGCAGGGCACACCUGGGCUACACCUGCCUCCCUUUGCCUUUCCCGAGGAAGGAUGUGUCCACACUGCUGUGGGCAGCUGAGUUGGAAGAACUGGGACUCUGAGAGCCUCAGAACUUCCAGAGACACACAGACUGUUCUGUCAGGUUAUGAUGGAAUAUAUAUUGGUUUUCACCCAUG